CGCGCCUCCCGUUUUCGAGGCUUUGGCUGUGCCUGCAGCAGGGAAGCCAGCCCAGCGGAGUGCGGGUUCGAAUGGAAGUGUCACUCUCCCCGCCCGCGCCAUGGGAACUCCAACUCAGCCCCGGGGAGGGAGGCGGCGGGAGAGAGGCGGGCAGCAUCAGCGGUAACAGCUGCUUGCACUUUGCUGACAUGAGCAAUUCGCUGCUUAACACGUCCUUGAGCCCAGAGAGAGCUCCGUCGUCGCCCACGAGGAGGAGACGACGGAGGAGAGCAGGCAGAGGCAGAGGCAGAAGAGGAGCGAGACGAGAGACCCGCGCCGCUUUAAGGGGGCCGGGCGGGCGCCGAGAACGGAGCCGGCGGAGUCCUGCCCGUCGCCGGCGGCUCCCGGACGGAGGCAAAAGUCAGCCGCGGGAAGAGGCGAGAGUGGGCGCUUUGGUGUGUAGGGAGCUGCUGAUGGAGAAGCAGCCCGGCGGCUCUGCUGGGGGCAGGAGGAGAAGGGGGAGGGUCGGCUGAGCCGCCCACCCCACCUCAAGGCUCUUGGGGGGCUGCUGAGAAGUCCAGCAUGGAGCCCCCAAGCGUCCCAGCCACCAGCACCGGGGUGGCCAGCGAAGCCAAGUGGGCAUUGCCAGGCCGGGCUCCGCAGCCGGAGGAAAGCAGCCAGCCUGCCCAGCCCUUCUUGGAGAGCCCUUUCCUUGGCAAGCCUUGAUCCCGGGGCGGAAAAACUCCACUCCCACUCGGGCAAGUUGCCCCGCCUCGGGGAUGCACCCCGGCGACUCGGUGGCCGUGGGACCCUCCUCGUCCCUCCUGGCCCGAGCCCAGAAGAUGACUCCGGGAGGGGUGGGACAGCAGCCCCCCGCGCCCCGGCCUGCGGCCACCGCCGCCCAGUCCGGGAUGGAGAACUUCAGGAAGGUCAAGACCUCGGAGGAGGAGAGCCCCUUGCCCUUCGCCGGCUUGCCUCUGGACGUGGUGGAGAUGAAGGUGAAGGAGGGCAGCAAGAUCCGGAACCUGAUGGGCUUCGCCAUGGCCAGGAUGGAGUUGGAGGCCACCCGGCAGAUCGUCUUCAGCGGCUACGGCCGGGCGGUCACCAAGACAGUCACCUGCGUGGAGAUCAUGAAGCGGAAGCUGGGGGGGCUACACCAGGUCACCAGGGUGCAAUACAAGACCCUGCGGGAGGUCUGGGAGAACAAGGACCCCCCGCCCGAGGGAACCCACGCGGAACAUCUCACCGUCCACAAGAACGUGCCCUCCAUCUGUAUCCUGCUCUCCAAAGACCCCCUGGACCCCAACCAGAUGGGGUACCAGCCCCCCAACCCUCCAGAUGGCCUGUGGGUGGAUGAAGGGGACACGCGGGAGGAGCGAUCCGGCACCUCCCCAAAGGGAAUGAAGAGGAGGCUGCUGGACGCACCUCACGAGGAGGCUCCGCCGAACAAGAGGCCCCAACUGCAGGUACAGGAGAUGAUCCAGGAGGACCUGGGGACGGUGGUGGGCUGUGGAAAUUGACCCACUCCGGCCUGCCUUUCCGGACUGUGAUCAAACCAACCCAAGCCAUAUGCAACUCAUUACAGGGACAGCAAUAUAUGCAGAGGGGUACCAAUAGAGGCCGGAUGCACUCUAGAUUUGUAGAUGCUUUGUACGUCAAUAAAUGGGAUUGUGGAGCCGGUG